UAUAAUUAGAAGGCAUAACAAUAGGAAGUGGCAUCUAUAUUAUAAUUUGGUCAAAAUACGAUCUUUAAUUAUAACAAGACUAUUCAAAAGAAGAUGAAAAGAUAAUUAUUGCAAUUCAUAUUCAAUAGUUAGAAAUACUAGAACCUAAUUUGACAGAAAAAUAGAAAUCAGAUAUCAUUUAAGAUCCUUAAGGAUUAGAAAAGAUGGUGUUGAAGGAGACACUAGGUUAACUAUUGUUGUAAUUAGUUUACAGAGUUUAAAAUAUUUAAGAUAAAUAUUAGGAUAUUCAAAAGUUAGAGAAGGUAUUCUACUUAAUGUAGUUUUAGAGUACUCAGUAUUGUUUUCAAAUGUUAUCUGAGAUAACAUUUUUGGUAACAUAAUAAUGAGAAUAAAUAGAGAGCAUAGGUAUUGAAUUAUGAUAAUGGAUAGAAUAAAAUUUGAAUAAAGCCAAGAAUUACAUUGAAAAAGGAGAGAAAGCAUUAGCAAAGGAAUAAAGAUUCAUAAGAAGAGUAGAAAAGUAAGAGAUAGAUAUUAUAAACUAGAAAAUGUGUUGUAUUAUUUUAAUUGGAUUAAUUGCAAUAGGAGUGAUAACUGCUUCAAUAGUCUUGAAGUUUGUGAAAAGUAGC